AUGGAGUGUGGUCUCCGGGCCAACGUGUUGUGGGACGCGGUCGAUCCAGGAGGUGACGCUUUCAAGAAGGAGGGAGCCGAGCACUGGAAGGAUCGGAGGCCAAGCAACCCAUUGUUGCCAACUGAUUGGCCAAUCGUGGGCAUGCUCCCUAGCCUUAUCGCCAACUGGAACAACAUCCAUGAGUACGCGGCAGCCGGCUUGUCCGCCUCCGGGCACAACUUGGAGCUGCGCUGCCCUUCGGCGACUAGCGUGCGCUACUUCGUCACCUGCUGCCCGUCCAACGUUCGCCACAUUUUCACGUCGAACUUCGCAAACUACGUCAAGGGCGAGAAGCUCGCUAAGGUCCUUGGCAUACUGGGCGGCACAAUAGUCACCGCCGACGGCGAAUCCUGGCGCCGGCAGCGCGACACCAUCCAUCAUGUCAUGACCAGACCGCGGUUGCAGGCUUCCAUAUACGGUUGCUGCCGCUCCAAGUUGGCAGGGGGGCUCGUGCCGUUGCUAAACCACUUGGCGGACGCGCAGGCCAGCUUCGACAUGGAGGACUUGCUAGGCAGGCUUGUGUUCGACAUCACUGUGAUAGCAGUGUUCGGCAGGGAUCCGUGCCGCCUGACCGCAUCGAUGCCACCCAUGCACGUCGCCGCGGCCAUGGAUACUGUGAUGGAGGUGGCCGUGUGCCGGGACAUUUUGCCUGUCUCCUUCUGGAAAACGAUGAGAUGGCUCAACAUCGGGCAGGAGAGAAAGCUAGCCGAGGCAGAAGCCGUGUUGUAUGGGUUCGUGGCGGAGAGCAUCCAGAGAAAGAUGGAGGUCACCACCACCACCGGCAGGAGCACCGAGGACGAUAUCCUGUCCCAUUACAUCCAUGUCCCCAGCCCGGACCCGGAGUUUCUUAACCGAGGCAGGGAGCCCACUGACUUCCUGAUCAGGACGUUCAUCAACUUCAUGGUCGCAAUGCGUGACCCCAUGGGGUCGGCGCUGUCAUGGCUCGUCUACAACCUCGCCACGCACCCACACGCCAUGCUUGCCAUCCGCGAGGAGCUGGCGCCGAUCGCCGCCGCACGCAAAUCCGUUGGGGGCGUCGUGGUGUUUGAGCCAAACGAGACCAAAGAUCUAGUGUACCAGCGAGCGGCCAUGUUCGAGUCGCUGAGGCUGUACCCGAUCGCGCCUCUCGAGCGCAAGGAGGUAGUCGCCGACGACGUGCUGCCUAGCGGCCACAAGGUGCGCGCCGGCGACACCAUCCUGAUCUCCACCUACAGCAUGGGGAGAUUGGAGUGCGUGCCUCGGCAAGAACAUCUCCGUGGCGCUGGUGACAUCAAUCAUCGCCACGGUGGCCUGGAACUUCGAUGUGGAGGUGCUGGAUAACAGCGCCGUGAGGCCCAAGCUGUCGGUUGUUCUGCAGAUGAAGAACGGGCUCAUGGCCAAAGUUAAGAGGAGAUCAGGCAGAGAGCGGCAAUUAUUAUGGAAAUACGACACAUAGCAAGCUCUAUAUCUCCAAAACUAUUUCAUUCUGCUCUUAUCUCAGCUUCCCAAA